AUGUGCCGCCAUCGACAGGUUCGAGUUCUGAGAAGUUUUUUUUUUUUUUUGCAGAGACGCAGCAGAGAAUUGUACGAUGAAUUCUGGAAGAGGAACAGCAACAGCAGCCACGAUCUCCCGCAGACGCGGCCGCUGAGCAGCGUGUGCGCGGAGCUGCGUGACGUACUCCCAUCUGUGUCGUCCCUGGAGCUGGCGGUGCGGUGGCUGGCGCGCAACGGUCUGGCCGCCGUGGCCGAGGGCAGCGACGGUGUUCUAUACGUCAAGUUUGCUGCCCCCGGCUGUACUUUCCCCUCAGGCUACGUCCUGCCCUCGGCAGAAACAGUGGAAGCGCGUCUGCGUGACACGUGUCGCAUGCUGGAGGAACGUGUGCAGCAGCUGAGCGACCUAAGCGCCCUGCUGCGUCAGCAGGCGAAGCGCGCAGCCGCCAGCCGCAACACUACCCAGGCGCUGUCGCUGCUGCGCCGCCGCCGCCGCGUCGAGGCGUCGCUCAAGACGCACUGCGGCGCCCUCGAGAACACGACCUGCUGCUGCGACCAGCUGCGCGACGCUCGGGUCAACAGGGAGGUGCUGGCAGCGUUCCUCAGUUCAGCUCUUGCCUUGAAGCAGCUGCUGGCAGAUGACGGAUCAGCUGACGCUGCAGCUGAAACUAUGGACGAGCUGCAGCAGGUGCUGGACGAGUGUCAGGACGUGAGCGGCAGCCUGAGCAGCGCCGUCGGUGACGAAGGCGACGCUGACGAGCUGCUGGCUGAGCUCGACGCGCUCGUCGACGAGGAGAAUAAGAACAACAAACCUGACGAUGACGUCGUCCGCGCACUGUACGACUUGAGUAUCCCAGACCGGACUCUCACCACCCAACUCCACAACAACGAGGAAGAAGAGUGCCUUCCCCCCACGCAGCUGGCGUGACCUCCUCCCUCGCUCCCACGCAGCUGGCGUGACCUCCUCCCUCGCUCCCACGCAGCUGGCGUGACCUCCUCCC